CUAUCGGGUAUCUCAUGAAAUUAGUAUCCUCGUUGUUGCGUGGUUGCUGAAUCACAUUCAAAUCUAACCUCAAUAGAAACACACCGACAGAAUAUGAGCAGUUAACCAAAGCUUUUUCCCUAUUUCUAUCUGAACAACAAAAUUCUAAUUAUUUAAAGAAUAUGGAACACAAGCAUUCGGAUAAAGUAAGUUAACAACCCAAAAACAAACUUCAGGAAGACCAGAAUGGAUUUCGUAAUAGGAGGACUAGCAGCUUCAGGAGCUGGGCUCUUCAGCAACCCAUUCGACGUGCUGAAGACCAGGAUGCAGCUUCAAGGGGAGCUACAAGCUAAGGGAAAACACGCAGUCAUCUACAGAAACACGAUACAUGCUGCUUAUGUUGUUGCAAAGAACGAAGGUAUACGUGGUCUACAGAAAGGUUUAGGCGCUGCCCUCAUACUCCAUUCUGUAAGGAACAGCGUGAGGCUGGGGCUGUAUUCCACGCUGCAAAAGGAAGGUUAUCUUACAGACCAGAAGGGAAAGACGAUAAUGCAUAGGAGUUUUGUGGCUAGCGCCCUUACUGGAGCUGCUGGUGCCUUCAUAGGCAGCCCGAUGUUCUUGAUAAAGACGCAGCUGCAGUCCAGGGCAGCUCAGCAUAUUGCAGUGGGACACCAACAUCAUCACGAAGGUGUUGUGGGAGCUUUAAGAAGUAUUUACAAUGCUCAUGGGAUCAAAGGACUCUGGAGAGGAGUCAAUGGAACGAUGCUCAGAGCACUUGUGGGGUCUUCUGCGCAGCUCACAAGCUUCGCAGUGACUAAAGAUAUGCUCAAAGAAUACGAAUCGUUGAAAGAUAGUCCCUUGAUGACUUCCAUCGCUGCAAGUUUCAUCAGUACCAUCUUCCAAACUGUAGCUAUAACUCCAUUCGAUUUGGUAUCGACCAGACUCUAUAAUCAAGGUGUGGACGCCUCAGGUAAGGGCCUACUCUACAAUGGAAUUGGUGAUUGCUUCUUGAAGAUAUGGAGGGCAGAAGGAUUCCAAGGUUUCUAUAAGGGUAUAGGACCCAACUACAUGAGAUUGGCGCCACAUGGAGCCUUGUGCUUAGUGUUCUGGGACAUCUUGAAAGAUCUCCAUUUGAAAUAUACGACUACCAAGAAAAUUAACAGUUUUUAACUUUUGAUUGGAGAUUGAAUUGAAGACAGAUGAAUUGCAUUUGAUGUAAGGAGUGGAUAGUAUGUUGAAGCCAAGAGUAUCCUCUGAAGUUCAAUCGUGUUAGGAUGAAUUUGCGAGAGUGAAUAGAUAUAUAAUUUUUAUAAAUUUUAUAGUUGUAAAGUUUAAUAAAACAGAUUAACUAAA